GUUUUGUUUGGCCAAAUUUCCGUCAGAUAAUAAAAAUGCGGAGCCGAAGCAACUCUGGCGUCCGCCUGGACUAUUAUCAGAGGAUGGUGCACAAAAUAAUAAUGGCGCAUCAAAACCCGGUUACGGGGUUGUUUCCACUGAGUCCGGAAAAAAAUCACGCCUGGAUCAGGGAUAAUGUUUACUGCAUUUUGGCGGUGUGGAGUUUGAGUAUGUCGUACAAAAAAAUGGCGGAUCAGGAUGAAGAUCGGGCAAAAACCUAUGAGCUCGAACAGAGCUGCGUUAAGCUAAUGAGGGGGCUGUUGAUGGCCAUGAUGCAGCAAAAGGAUAAGGUGGAGCGUUUUAAGUUGACGCAGAAUCCUUUGGACUCCCUGCAUGCAAAGUAUUCAUCAGAAACGGGGCAAAGUGUUGUUGGUGAUAAUGAGUGGGGUCAUUUGCAGAUUGACGCUGUGUCUCUGUAUUUGUUAAUAUUGGCGCAAAUGACUGCAUCAGGUCUACAAAUCGUGUUUAAUUUAGACGAAGUGGCCUUUGUGCAAAACUUGGUUUUCUACAUUGAAUGUGCUUAUUGCACCCCUGAUUAUGGUAUAUGGGAGAGAGGGGAUAAAACCAAUCACGGUUUACCCGAGUUGAACGCUAGCAGCAUAGGAAUGGCUAAAGCUGCUCUGGAAGCUAUGAACGAGUUGGAUUUAUUUGGAGCCAGAGGGGGCCCUUAUAGUAUAAUCCACGUAUUGGCAGAUGAAGCACAAAAAUGCCAAGCAGUAUUACAGUCAAUGCUUCCCCGAGAAUCAAACUCCAAGGAAAUUGACUCUGGUUUACUCUCCGUCAUAAGCUUCCCAGCAUUUGCAGUUGAUGACCCCGAUUUAAUAGAGUACACCCGUAACACAAUCAUCAAUAAACUUCAAGGACGUUAUGGUUGCAGAAGAUUUCUGAGGGAUGGUUAUAAAACCCCCAAAGAGGACCCUAGACGUUUAUACUAUGAACCUUGGGAGUUAAGAAUGUUUGAAAAUAUUGAGUGUGAAUGGCCGUUGUUUUUUUGUUAUCUCAUUUUGGACAAUUGUUUUCGCGGAAAUAAAGAUUUAGCGGCGGAAUAUAACUCACAGUUGGAAGAGAUUAUGGUUAGAACUGACGACGGUCUAAGAUUAGUACCUGAACUGUACUCGGUACCAGCUGCGUUGGUACCGCAAGAAUACAAAGAUCCUGGAACCCAGGAUCGCAUUGCUUUAGGCCAGUGCCCGUUUAUGUGGGCCCAAUCAUUGUAUAUUGUUGGCAAGCUAUUGCAAGAGGGUUUUCUAGCACCUGGAGAGCUAGAUCCCUUAAACAGAAGACUGUGCGCCGAAAAAAAGCCCGAUGUGGUCGUGCAAGUCGUAAUUCUGGCCGAAGAUGACGAGAUCAAGCGGAAAUUGGCCGAGCACGACAUAGUCGUGCAAACUAUCGCAGAUGUCGCUCCCAUCGAGGUGCAACCCGCCAGAGUGUUGUCCCAUCUCUAUACCUAUUUAGGGAGAAACAAAAAAUUGGGUUUAUCGGGAAGAAAAUCAAGAGAUGUCGGUAUAUUAAGCACCAGUAAACUGUACUCUCUGGGAGACAAAAUAUUCGCUUUUACACCGCAGUUUACUGACAUGGUUAGAAACUAUAUAGCCUCCGAUUACGAACUCAUGAUCGAUAUUUGCAAAAGCGAAAUAAAUUUCUUAAAAUCCAGCUGGCAAAAUAUGUUAGGACGCCCUGUAGUAACCGUGUUGUGCAGAAGAUUACACUUAGAGCAAGGUAAAUUACCUCUAGCCAUGAUUACCACCAUGAAGAAACUAAAAUCUGGUUACAUAAACGGUACCAGGGUAACUUUAGGCAACCUUAACGACUUCCUAAACACCAGCUGCAUAGCAAACCUCAGUUUUCUUGGUUGCCAUGAGGAUGGACUUCCCGAUAAGUUAAAUCCCCAAGUGCACCAAUAUUUGGAAGAGCACCUUUUGAAAUCAAUUUCAAACAAGUCUUCGUUGUUGAUGCCGACAGGCAGCAGGCCUAGACAGAGGAAUCUAAGGCGGCGCAUGUCGGUCAGAGGGGCGGUUAAGAAGACUAGAUCCAUAAACGUUGAUUCGGAAACUCUGGGUAUGGAGAGCAACGCGAGCCUGGAGAGACGCGGGUCGAUGUGGUUCGGUUCUUGGCAGGACACCGUCGACAGCCCCCAUCACCGCGACUACUUGCGAUCGCCGUCUCCCGAGGAACGCAAGAGGAAAAAAGAGGACGUAUUAUCGCCGGAAAAACCGAAAGUCCCCGCGAUAAGCGUGUCUCGGCACAAGGCCAACUCAGAGACUCAGUACGCGGACACGGAAGUCGAGGAGUUGUUCGCCAUGCUGAGGGAAACCGAGUCUCUCGACGAGCAGGGGGAUAUUCUCCAGUACUUGGUGGACUCCAAGGGUUUGGAGUACAACACCGGCAUGCUGGAGUACGGGAAGGUCGUGACGGUCCGCGAUCUGCUCAAGGGCUUGUACGAGAAGGCGUGCCAGCAGAAAAUGUGGGGGUUGGUGCGCCACACGGCAGGCAUGCUUGGCAAGAGGGUGGAAGACCUGGCCAAGUCCGUAACCGACCUGCUGGUGCGGCAGAAGCAGAUCACGGUGGGAAUGCCGCCCAACAACGAGCACACCAUCACCGCGCCGCUCCCUGAGAGCGACCUGCGCAUGCUCAUUCACGAGGCAUACGGCGAGGACGACAGCACCGCAAUGCUGACGCAGGAAUUGCUAGUCUACCUAGCCAUGUUCAUCAGGACGGAGCCGCAGCUGUUCCUCGAGAUGCUCAGGUUGAGGGUCGGUCUUAUAAUACAGGUAAUGGCAACAGAACUAUCCAGAACGUUAAUCUGCGAUGGCGACGAAGCUUCGGAACAUUUACUAAACCUAAGCCCGUUCGAAAUGAAGAACCUCCUGCACCACAUCAUAAGCGGCAAAGAGUUCGCCAUAAGCAGCGUGGGCAGGGGCAACUUUUCCAUCGUCAGCAACAAAUCCAGCCGCAUCAGCAAGCGCAGUCACAUCAGCCUUGGAGACGCGGCCGCCGCAGACGAUUUGCACGAACCCGACCGUCAAGGUCAGUGGUUGAGGCGCAGGCGGCUAGACGGCGCUCUAAACAGAGUGCCCAGGGACUUUUAUCCCCGAGUGUGGGGAGUACUGGAGAGGUGUCAAGGUAUCUCGAUUGCGGGCAAAGUGCUACCGCAAACCCUCACGCAAGAAAUGACCCCGGGAGAAUUAAAAUUCGCGCUGGCCGUCGAAACGGUUCUGAACACGAUUCCGCAGCCCGAAUACCGACAACUGAUAGUGGAGAGUCUGAUGGUGCUGACGCUAGUUUCGGAGUACAACGUCUCCCCGACGCUAGGGGGCGUGAUCGAAGUGGAAGCUUUGGUGCAUGCCGCCAACAACCUGUUCCUGGAGAACCAGAUCAAGAACAAUGGUGACGCCACUUUGUGCUGCGCCAAAAGCAAAGACUACAGGGAGGGGAACGGUUUGCUGUGCGGGGGCGCUGCGAGCGUUUGCCAGCAUUUCUACGACAGCGCCCCUAGCGGCGCAUACGGUACCAUGACGUACAUGACGCGCGCUGUUGCCGUUACCCUCGAUUGUCUCCCGAAGCACGGGGAGCUAGACUGCACGAUAAGUUAAAAGGGGUUUUAUUUUAUUUUAAAUAGUGAUUAGUAUUUUAUAGUGCCAUAUUUUAUUGUUGAGUACAAAUUGAUUAUUUCAUGUUAUAUUUUUGGAGUGUUGAAAUAAAACAA